AAUGGGAGUUUCACAAGGAUACCCUCGGUCACUGCUUCCUCACAGCCACUUCGGAGGGAGGGGAAGAAAGGGUUUGAAAAACAUUCCAGAUUUCAGCUGAGUUUAUGUAGCUGUGCAGACACAGAAGUCGCUGAAAUGUCCGGAGGGACAGCCCCAGCAAGCCUGUGACCUUCUAUGACAAACCGGACCAUGGCAUUUCAGAAGGGAUUUAGCUGGGAUUGUUAAACAUGUGCCAAAAAGAGAACUGCUUCUUGGAUUUUUUCAAUCAAGGAGCACUAUAUUUGGACUGGAAACAGCCUGUGGAUGAGCAGGAAUAACCAUUAGAAGGCAAGUGAAAAGUUUCAAGCAGAUACUACAGUCAAGGAAGAAACAACGCGAAGGUAUCUGGGCAAGUUUCCAUACUGACUGAAGCAACACUUUUUCCCAUGACAUCAGACUCAAAACAACCAAUAUAUUAUAGUCCAUAUGUUGAUUAAGGAAAGCCCAAGCCGUGCAGAGCCAUGCACCAGCCUUCUGAAGAGCGGCUGAACAAAAGCUGGAUCGCUUGCAAGCCAUGGGAGUUAAUCAAACAAAUAAAAAGCCCCAGGUUUUCAGGAUAAGGCACCUGGGUCAGACUACUCAGCACCAUGAGGUUGUGAAUCCUGAGUGUGAAGAAAGAAGGGAGCUCAGCCAGACCCAGCUGGGAAGAAACAUUCUGAACCUGGUGGCAGGGACCUGUGUGCAAGACUGACAGAAUACUUGAAGUUUUGCACUUCACACUUGGGCUCCUGCUGUAGAGGAAGUUCUAACGGUGACAGCAAUGAAAGGAAACAGCCCUUCCAAGUUGUGAACUCCUAGUCUCACAUGAAGUACUACUAUGCUAAAGGCUGCAGAAACACAUGGCCAUGGAAAGCCUCAGAAUCCUAACAGUGGGCAACCUGCCAGUGAUGAAAUAGAAAUGGUUAAUGCAUGGUUUGCUGAGAGAGUUCACACCAUCCCAGUCUGCAAGGAGGGAACCAAGUCCCAGAGUGAAGCCUGUGCCUGUCACCAGCCUGCCUGUGCUGAGACCACCAACUCUGGGACGCCAGCGAGGAAAAUCUCCGCUUCUGAAUUUGACAGACCCUUAAGGCCUAUUUUUGUCAAGGACUCGGUAGGAGCAGUGAGCUUCCUCUCUGGCUCUGACAAGAAGGAACAGAUGCCUCUGCCAUCUCCAAGGAUUGAGACCAGUGCAGGGGAUCAGUGCUCGAGACUAUUAGAACUUGUCAAAGAUAUUUCUAGUCACUUAGAUGUCACAGCGCUUUGCCACAAGAUCUUCCUACACAUCCAUGAGCUGAUCGCAGCCGAUCGCUACUCCCUGUUCCUGGUGUGUGAGGACAGCUCCAACGAGAAGUUCCUCGUGAGCAGGCUGUUUGAUGUGGCAGAAGGAUCCACCCUGGAAGAAGCUUCCAACAACUGCAUUCGCCUGGAGUGGAACAAGGGCAUUGUGGGUCACGUGGCAGCCAUAGGGCAGCCUCUCAACAUCAAGAAUGCCUAUGAGGAUCCAAGAUUCAAUGCAGAAGUUGACCAGAUCACAGGGUAUAAGACUCAGAGCAUUCUCUGUAUGCCAAUAAAAAAUCACAGGGAAGAGGUUGUUGGUGUGGCUCAAGCAAUCAACAAGAAAUCUGGAAUUGGUGGCACUUUCACUGAACAAGAUGAAAAGGAUUUUGCGGCAUAUUUGGCAUUUUGUGGAAUUGUUCUUCACAACGCUCAGUUGUACGAGACGUCUCUGCUCGAGAACAGGCGCAAUCAGGUGCUGCUUGACCUUGCCAGCCUGAUUUUUGAAGAGCAGCAGUCUUUGGAGGUGAUCCUGAAGAAGAUAGCAGCCACUAUAAUAUCCUUCAUGCAGGUGCAGAGGUGUACCAUCUUCAUAGUGGAUGAAGAUUGUCCAGAUACAUUUUCUAGUGUCUUUCACAUGGAAUCUGAGGAAUUAGAGGAUUCAGCUGAAAAUCUGAAGAGGGACUAUGACACAAACAAAAUCAAUUACAUGUAUGCUCAGUAUGUCAAGAAUACGAUGGAGCCACUCAACAUCCCAGAUGUCUGCAAAGACAGAAGAUUUCCAUGGACAAAUGACAAUGCAGAAAAUGUAAGUCGGAACAUAAAGAGUUUGCUGUGUACACCAAUAAAAAAUGGGAAAAAGAAUAAAGUGAUAGGGGUUUGCCAGCUUGUGAAUAAGAUGGAAGAAAACUCAGGGAAAAUCAAGGCUUUCAACAGAAAUGAUGAGGAGUUCCUGGAAGCAUUUGUCAUCUUUUGUGGCCUGGGGAUCCAGAACACACAGAUGUACGAGGCUGUAGAAAGAGCCAUGGCCAAACAGAUGGUGACACUAGAGGUUCUCUCAUACCACGCUUCUGCUGCUGAGGAGGAAACGAGGGAGCUGCAGGUAACAGUGGCUGCUGUAGUACCAUCUGCACAAACUCUCAACCUGACUGACUUCUACUUCAGUGACUUUGAGCUGUCAGACUUUGAAACAACACUGUGCACAAUUCGAAUGUUCACAGACCUCAACCUGGUGCAAAAUUUCCAAAUGAAACAUGAGGUUCUCUGCAGAUGGAUUUUAAGUGUGAAGAAAAACUAUCGGAAAAACGUUGCUUAUCACAAUUGGAGACAUGCCUUCAACACAGCACAGUGCAUGUUUGCUGCUCUGAAAUCUGGCAAAAUUCAGAGCAAACUGACUGACUUAGAAACACUGGCUUUGCUGAUAGCAACUCUGAGCCAUGAUCUGGAUCACAGGGGAGUGAACAACUCUUACAUACAAAGAAGCGAACAUCCACUGGCUCAGCUGUAUUGCCACUCAAUCAUGGAGCAUCAUCAUUUUGAUCAAUGCCUUAUGAUCCUGAAUAGUCCAGGAAAUCAGAUUCUCAGCAACCUUUCCAUUGAAGAAUACAAGGCUACACUGAAAAUGAUAAAACAAGCCAUUCUUGCCACAGACUUGGCACUAUACAUCAAGAGGAGAGGAGAAUUUUUUGAACUUCUAAGGAAGAAGCAGUUUAAUUGGGAAGAUCCCUCACAAAAGGAGCUAUUUCUAGCAAUGCUGAUGACUGCUUGUGACUUAUCAGCCAUAACCAAACCAUGGCCAGUUCAGCAACGGAUUGCUGAGCUUGUGGCUACUGAGUUCUUUGAUCAAGGAGAUAAAGAGCGCAAAGAACUCAACAUAGAACCCACGGAUCUAAUGAACAGAGAGAAGAAAAACAAAAUUCCCAGCAUGCAGGUUGGAUUCAUAGAUGCUGUUUGUUUGCAGCUGUAUGAGGCCCUAACACACGUGUCAGAGGCCUGCUCCCCUUUGCUGGAUGGCUGCAGAAAAAACAGGCAGAAGUGGCAAGCCUUGGCUGAGCAGCAAGAGAACCUGAUCAAUGGAGAAAGCAACCAAGGCAAACGGAACUGACAUGCUGAUUUCACCACCUUAAGCUCAAGUUCACCUAGGAGACACAGUAAUAGGGGAGUACUGCAUUUUGCUAAACACUGUAUGAAUUUGGCUUAUGUUUUGCCACUGCUGUAUUAUUUGUUCCACAUUUCAAGAUAUAGCAUGACCGUGUAGAUGCCAAGAUUACCUGAAGACAAUAUGUUUCUCUUAUUAACAUCUGACUGAGAUGGAAGAAGACCUGCAGGGGUGGUUUUUGCUAUCCCAGCCCACAAGAAGGUACUGGUGCAGGCACUGACUGUGCCCUAGAGCCUGUUGCUUCACAGAUGUACAUAGUUGUUUAGUGAUCAUGUUGUGGCCAGUAUCUGAAAGACUACUGCAUUUUGCACCUUUUCUCUCCCUCCUCCCAUUUUGCUGUGUUAUGUUAUAAAAGUAUUGAGCAGUUUUGCCUGUUCUUUUUCCAGAGGUUCAGAGGAAAGACUGGGACUCACUGUGGGGAGCCUAUUCCAAAUAAACUAUUGCUAACCUCUCUCAGAAAGCAGAACUGGGCUCUGAGGUGAAAAACCCCGAAACCUGUGCACCCAGUAGAGUUCGGGUUUUUUUCCAUAUUAGAUGGAUGUCUUAGCAAAUGUGUUAUUCCAGCUGAAGAAAUGUCAAUGGGAGUCUCAGGAGUUCUGUGGUAGAGGUGUCUGAGCUCUCCAUGCCCAAUGGAAACUGCUUGAGACCAAUGAAAUGUCCCAAUGUAACUGACAGGCUGCCAUGGAAGAACAGCUCCCAUAGAAAGCUGCCAGAAGCACACAGAGAAAUGGAAACAAAGCAGGAUUGGUUUUGUAUGCUGGUUUUAACUUCGUUUGGAAGUUGAUUUUAACAUCGUCUAACCAACAGACUGGAUCACAGGCAGAAGAGAAUGACUGCAAGAGCUAGAGGUGAACAGCUGAAUCAGAAUGAUGCAGGAAGGGAACACUCCUGGUGACCAUCAAUGACUGAUUCUUCAGGCCAGUGUUACUAUGAAAUGGCUAUGACCACUCUGAAGAAAGUUUUAUGUUAACAUCUUUCAAAAAUAAUUUUUAACAUUAGUUAAAAAUGAUUAAUCAUAGUGUCUUGAAGAAAUAGGAAAAAAAUAAUACCAAAAGCAAAAAUAGCCAAGAGUGUUACAGGGAGCUGUCAUUUGUAUGUGAGGCAUUAAUGUUCUGUAAAGUAAGAAAUCAAUUAACUUGCACUAGUAAAAAAAGAAAUUGGUGUAUUAUUCAAGUGAGGAUGAUUAAUAAAAAUGGUUUUGAAUUGGGAAGCAAUUAAAGAAAAUAUACACAAAUUCCAAAGGAGGAAUACAUGGAGAGUACUAUUUUUUAGAUGGACAGGAUAAGGAGAUGAAUGACAGCAAGUCUAAAAUGCAUUAGCAGCACAUGCAACUUUGGCUGCACAGAGAGACAGAAAAUAUUCCAGUUUUUUAAUCUGUAAUAAUGAUUUUUUUAGUUAAAAUCAGCAUUUGGCAAAAGUAGCACAUUUGGCACUGGACUUUGAAGGGUGGGAAUUUAGUUCUAUCACAAUAAUCCAGGAAAUUCUAGUUGGAAACUGCAAUAAAUUCUUCAUCCCAGGAGAUUGUCAACCCAAUUCGGAAGAGCUGGUCUAAAAGGGAAAACUCUCCCUUUUUAUCAAUUUCCUCAUUUACAUAAACGAUGCCAGAAGCUAAAAAAGAUGAAGCCAAUGUUUCAAAAUGUUUGAUGAUACUGAGUUAUAGAGUUAAUAUUCUUUACAUGGAGAAAAAGGUAUUCUGACAGCAGCAUUUCUACCACCCUGAAUUAUUUGUCACUGAUGAAGUCCUAUCUCAGACUUCUCUAGUGAGCACCAAUAGUAAAUGAUUGCAGCUGUGAAUUUCAUUUUUCUACAGAAGAAUUUCUCCUUAUCCUGUCCUAACAAAUUGAAAAAAAAGGAUGGAUUGCAACACUCACUAAGAAUUCCAGGACUGCUGUUUUGCAGUACUCCAUAUGUGUAUUUCUGUGUAUACACAGUCUGCAGGUGACAGCAGCCUGACCCUGCCAACACAACCCCCCAAAAAAAGGUUUUAGGUACUUUUGGAUAAAUAGAAAACUUUGCUUCAGGAUUUGCAUAGCCCUUGUAUAGUCUUUUCCUUGAGUGUCUGAGAUACUGAAAUAUAAUUAUUAUGCUGAUGAGAUAAAUAUUUAAUAUAAAUAGGAAUAAAAUAUAUGUAUAUAAAGGUGUAUUCUUGCUAUUAUGGUUGAGACUAGUAACUCAUGGUGACAACACAGCAGAUAACUAUGAUGAUAUCACAGUGUAGUUAUGUAACUUUGACAUUCAUAUUCCAGUAUUUCUUGGGUAUAUUGUGUGUUCAGCAAAGCUUUAUUAUAACUAAAUUUAUAAAUGCGAUGAAGGAGUGCUGGAUUCAUACCUUUGACUUGAAAAAAAGGGCAUGAUGUUACAUUUUUUUAAAGGUUCACUUAAAACGAACAGUUAUACAGUAUGUGCAUAUAUUUAAUUAUAUAUCUGUACACAUUUAUCCCAUAGAAUCUUUUCCACCAUAAAUGUUGGAACAUACAUAUAAAUACCGUUCCUAGUAAAUAAACAUUUAAAUAUCAUA